AUGGGUGGAGUUGCUUCUAUACCGACCGAUCCUUCACGAAAGGUCCAGGUCAUCUCAGCAGGAUACUCGCGAACCGGGACCGUAUCCAUGUCCAUGGCCUUAGCAAAACUAGUUGAUGGACCAGUACUCCAUGGCGGGACACAGAUAUUAACACGUGAUGAUGAUUACUGUUCAACGUGGAUCAAAGCGUACGAGGCUAGGGAGGCUGGUGAUAAGGAACUGACCUUGAAGCUUGUUCGAAAGGCGACUGCCGGUUUUGCUGGAACUGCAGAUCUACCACCGUCAGACUUCAUUCCCGAAAUGGUGGAGCUGUAUCCGGAGGCGAAGGUCGUGUUAGUUCGUAGGGAUCCGGUCAAGUGGUGGAAUAGCAUAGCGACUUUGACCGGUAGGACUACGCCAUGGUGGCUUGGCAUUGUGGUAGCCCCCUUUCCUGGAUGGAGAUAUAUCCCGACGUUUGCAAGCGUGUAUAGUCGAUCAACAUUACGACUUGCAGGCCUAGACGCAAAAAAUGCUAGUCCAACAGAACUAAUCGAGAAGGGUGGUCCUCACAUCCUAGAAGCUCACCACGAGAAAGUUAGAUCUGUUGUCCCGAAGGAACAGCUGCUGGAAAUGGAUCUAAGUGAGGGUUGGGAACCUAUCUGCCAAUUCUUAGGCGUACCGGUUCCGGAUGAGCCAUUUCCCAGAGCGAACGAUGGCCAAGCAGCAGAUGCAUACGCUACGAAAGUCCUGCUAAGAGUGUUGCAAGUCUGGGUCGGUAUCAUCUCCGUCGCCGGACUUGGCGUUUAUUCCGUAUCCCGCUUAUGGAAGCGAACGACGAUAUGA